GAUUGGUCAUCUUGUGUGUCAGGAUAAGUACCAGGAAGUUAUUUGAAGGUCUCAGCUGACAUCGACGUCUUAAAGGAUUCCAAUGUUUGUAUUUAUGGUCCCGUGACGGGAGAGAGCAUCAUGGGAAAUGCUGAUAGUGCGUUGGUGCAGAAGCAUUUGUUUCGCUUCCGUCCUGAAGAUCGUCCGGCAGUUGAAGGAGUGUUUGACAGGCUUCAAGGUGACAUGAGGACGCCUGCAAGGAACACUGUCACCCUUCCUAUGUUACAGUCCUCCAUGAUCGGAGUGUCACCAGAGUCUAUGGUGAAGAGAUUAUUCAAGUGCAUGUACAGUAUAGAUGCCACACCAACAGCAUCUGGCAAAGUCAGUGCCUCCUUGGCUCCAGGAGUGUGUCGAGAGCAGUUGGUCAUCUUCCUCGCAGACGUGUUGCGGGGCACUGCUGAAGAACGAGCGCCUCUUGUUCUGGCCAUGUCUCAGGUCGGAGAAUGCUCCAAGACUGUCGCCUUUCAGCAAGUAACAGAGUUCUUACAGGACUUGAUCUUUGCUGUAGUCCAGAUUCUGGUCUGUAAAGGACGCCUUCAGGGAUGGAAACCUGAAAAUAUGGGUGAUUGCUCUCUCGGUGUCAAACUUUUGGCGGAGCAAAUGUGCUCAGAACUCAAACCCACAGACCAAGAAGUCUAUGAUGUUACUCAUUUGCAAGAUUGGAUCUUUAGAGUACCCCAGGUAUCUUUGUACCUGAUGAUGCUGGUAGAGGAAGGGUUAAAUGUGUCCCUAAGUGUGCAGUUAACACACACUCCACUCCCUCCUUGUUAUGACACACCCUGGAAAGAGUUUAAGAGUCUGCUUGAUAUCCCCACUCUCAUGUUUCUGGCACCACAGCUGCCUGACGCAUUCUGUGCAGCUUGGAGACUUGUGUUUUCCACCCUGCUGCACGGAGAGAACUUCACACGAAUGGUGGCUGGACUGACACACUGCGGACCCACUUUGCUGCUCAUCAAAGACACAAAGGGACAUGUUUUUGGUGGCUUUGCCUCGCCCAGCUGGGAAGUCAGACCUCAAUUCCAAGGUGACUCCAGAUGCUUCCUGUUCUCAGUCUUCCCUAGAAUGAGAGUUCACACAUCGACAGGUUACAACCAACACUUCAUGUAUCUAAACCAGAAUCAGCAGACCCUGCCCAACGGUAUGGGCAUGGGUGGUCAGCAUAACUACUUCGGCUUGUGGUUGGACAGUAAUUUUGGACGUGGUCACAGUCGCGCAAGACCAAAGUGUACAACCUUUGCUAGUCCUCAACUUUCAGCAGACGAGGACUUUAUUCUGGAUUCCAUGGAAGUAUGGGCAGUAGGAAAACCCUCUGAAACAGAAAAGGAUGAAGAAUGUACGGGAAAAAAGAGUGUCUUGGAUGUGGAUCCAGAGGUCCAGGCCAUGAUGGAGAUGGCAGGGAAAACUCUCUUGAGUCAAGGUCUCAGAGAGCCACAGGAUGACCAGGAGCAAAGAUAAAUGUGAAUAUGAAAAACUGAUUAUUUUCAGUCAAGGUCAUCAGGCACUCUUUCAUCUUUUUGAAGUGUCAAAUGCUUUGCAAGAACUUGACAAGGAUGAACAUUCUCCUCCUUCUUGCUUUAGCUGUCAGAGCUGUUAGCUGCCUUGUGAGUCACACGGCAGCCAAGCUGGCACAGACUCCUUCCUUUGCUUGAAAACCUCCUUGACCUCUGGUAGGUUUCUGCCACGACUCUCUUGUGACCAGAGCCUCGGUUUAAACCCUAUUUUCAUACAAAGUGUCCAAAAGAAUCAGUAAAACUACAAAGAUGAUCGUAAUGUUUUGGUGCUGAUGGUGCUGCUGGAAAACAUGCGUUCAAUAACAUCGCUUGCUGGAAACCUUCAGGAUUUAGAAAGAAUGUGUUAAGAUGAUUGAAGAGAAAUGGGGAGCCCUGCUGAUAACUACACAAUUUGAUUAGAACAUUUGCUACCGAUAGAAUCCUAACAAUAUACAAAACCCAAAACCAGUGAAGUUGCCACGUUGUGUUAAUCAUAACUAAAACAGAAUAUAACGAUUUUCAAAUCCUUUCCAACCUAUAUUCAAUUGAAUAGACUGCAAAGACAACAUAUUUAAUGUUCGAACUGAGAAACUAAAUCUUUCCUUGCAAAUAAUCAUCAACUUUGAAUUUAAUGGUAGCAACAUUGCAAAAAAAUGUCACAAUGGCUUUUUUACCACUCUGUUACAUGACCUUUCCUUUUAACAACACUCAGUAAAUGAUAAGGAAUGGAGGAAACCAAUUUUUGUAGCUUUUUAGGUGGAAUUCUUUCCCAUUCUUGCUUGAUGUACAGCUUAAGUUGUUCAACGGUACAUUACUCUUUUACUACGAAGCUACGCUGUUGUAGCACGUGCAGAAUGUGGCUUAGCUUUGUCUUGCUGACGUUGCUUGGAUGGCAACAUAUGUUCUUCAAAACCUGUAUGUACCUUUCAGCAUUAAUGGUGCCUUCACAGAUGUGUAAGUUACCCAUGCCUUGGGCACAAAUACCAUACCAUCACAGUUGCUGGCUUAGAACUGUGCCCCAGUCCGGAUGGUUCUUUUCUUCUUUGAUUGCACAGUUUCCAAAAACAAUUUGAAAUGUGGACUCUUCACACCACAGAACACUUUUCCACUUUGCAUCUUAGAUGAGCUCAGGCCCAGCAAACCCGUCUGUGGUUCUGGGUGUUGUUGAUAAAUGACUUUCGCUUUGUAUAGUAGAGUUUUAACCUGCGCUUACAGAUGUAGCGACGAACUGUAGUUACUGACAGUGGUUUUCUGAAGUGUUCCUGAGCUCAUGUAGUGAUAUCCUUUACACACUGAUGUCAGUUUCUGAUGCAGUACCUCGUGAGAGAUCGAAGGACAAGGUCGUUCAAAGUUACGUGCAGUGAUUUCUCCAGAUUCUCUAAACCUCUUGAUGAUAUUACAGACCUUAGAUGGUGAAAUCCCUAAAUUCCUUUCAAUAGCUGUUUGAGAAAUGUUGUUCUUAAACUGUUGGACAAUUUGCUCACACAUUUGUUCACAAAGUGGUGACCUUUGUCUCAUUCUUGUUUGUGAAUGACUGAGCAUGUCAUCGAAGUAGGGUUGGGCAAUAUAUCGAUAUGCACGAUAUAUCGAGGGUUUGUCCCUGUGUGAUAUAGAAAAUCACUAUAUCGUAAUAUUUGAGUAUACCUUCUCACGCAGUUGCUUUUAGCUGCGGGCAUUACAUUACAGGCUCUUCUCACUCUGUCAUGUCUACCCUUCUCACAGACAAGCAAGCACACCUUCUUACAUACGUCACAUACUGUCACGUCAUACGUCACACACGUAUACGCCCUCGUGGAGCAGAGAGGUAGCGGCAUGGGUAACAUUAGCUGUGAUGCUAGCAGAGCCGUGCUAGUGGUAAUACGAGGAAAAGAAGGUGCGAAUGAAGGAAGAAUCAAUUCCCAAGAAAAACAGCAGGGGGUCCAUCGUCUGGUGGUGGUUUGGCUUCAAAUGGGAAUAUGUCAAACAGACAACCUUAAUUUGUCAAGUGUGGGCUAAAAACGUUGCUACCAAAAGUAGCAUUACUGCUAAUAUGUAGCAUCUUUUUAAAAGUCAUCUGCUAGAGAAUGAAGAGUGCUUACUCCACAUGGCAUCAUCUCCAUUUGGUGCCACACGCCCACACCAUCAAAAUGCCGAGGCAAACAUUUCCAGAUCAACACCGUAUGAAAAAAGUAGUUAACAACAGAAUUGAAUAACGUCCGUAGUAAUUCAAGGCCAAAGCAAAAUAUCGAGAUGCAUAUUGUUUAUCGCGAUAUGGCCUAAAAAUAUCAAGAUAUUAAAAAAAGGCCAUAUCACCCAGCCCUAAAUGGAAGCUGCGUUUAUACCCAAUCAUGGCACCCACCUGUUCCCAAUUAACUUGUUCACCUGUGGCAUGUUUCAAAUAAGUGUUUGAUGAGCAUUCCUCAAUGUUCUCAGUCUUUUUUGCCACUUGUGCCAGCUUUUUUUAACCAUGUUGCAGGCAUCAAAUUUCAAAUGAGCUAAUAUUUGCAAAAAAUAACAAAGUUUUUCAGGUUGAACUUUAAGUAUUUUGUCUUUACAGUCUAUUCAAUUGAAUAUAAGUUGAAAAGGAUUUGCAAAUCAUUGUAUUCUGUUUUUUAUUUACGAUUUACACAACGUGCCAAUUUAGUUUUGGUGAUGUACGAAAAAUAUGAGCUCUUAUUGGGCUGCUCCUCGUACGUACAGAUCGCGUGAGAUUACACUGGUCUUGUCAAGCAGACAUUUUAGAAAGGUUUGCUAAUUUAUGUUUUAGUUAUGUUAUAGUUAUUAUUUUGCACUAAAAAUAAAUGUAUUGAACAAUGUCUUGUUAGUACAAAGCAUUUAUUAAAUUAAAGUUAGUUACAAAUAGUAUAAAAAUUGUUUAAACCUGCCUAUUUAAUUGGAUGGCACCAUUUUCUAUUGCUGUAGUUUUAAGUAUAGCCAUCCUUUUGACUUAACUGUUUUGAAAUCUUUGAGAUUUUAUUUCUUAUCAUUGUACCGGUAUUUCAAGUUGACUUUAGUGUGAUGUGUUGAAAGAACAGAACAAACAAUUUUUGAACUUUUGAACUCGUAAGUCAAUACUAAGUAAAAUAUACUACAGAAAAAAUAAGAUUUUAGUGAUGUUCAAGUCAAAUAAUUGAUGUUAAAAGUGUGUGAUGUUACAUUAAUGUUGAGUUUGAGUUUAUUUCGAACAUGCAUACGACUACAACAUGAUACAUCACAAUUUCCAGUUUCUCUUUUCAACAUGUUCGAAAAUGAGCAGGAAGAAGCAGACCUUAUUUAGUCCUAACCAUUUUCCGUUACAUAGCAGUUGCUAACACUUUUGUUUACUUCUUGUUCUAAAAGUAUUCACAAUGUACUCCAUAAGUAAUAACAUAAAAAAAAUAAUAAUAAUAAUAAUUUGGGGAAGUAAGUUGUAUUUUAUAUGGUGAAGUAAAUACGAUUUUCAAUUUAUUCAGAAUCGUUAUCAUGGUUUUUCUUCUUUGUACUUUGUAAACACUUAAAGUUUGAACAGUUUCUCACAGUACCAGUGUUGGGUUAGUAACAGGAAACUAGUUACUGUGGUGGAUUGUCCGAAGUUUAAAUAGCAAACAAAGUGGUUUUAGUACAAAAGUUUUAUUUACCCAAUAUCAAAAAGUACAGAGUUGCAUUGGAUUCCCCAUGCAAACAGACAGCGUCCCCUGGAGGAUCCAGAUCAUGCAAAUCAAUAUCAAAUAUUGGUCUACUGGCUUUUUAUCUGUUUCCCUCAUGUGUCAAGGUCCCGUUGUUUUGCAACUGCUUGCUCCGCAACAACCUUGGAUCCCUUAGUCAUAACAAACAAUCAAAACAUUUUGUAGAAUGGUUACAGCAACCACAAAUUCAACUUUCACCUACAUAUGCUCUUCCAGUGUUUCAGAGGCUUUUAGAUAGACUUUCUUUUUGGACUAAAACAGACACAAAAUAUGGUAUAAAGGUCAGAAAUUCCACUACAUUACAGUUACAAGUUACUUUAUGUCAUAAGUAACUCAGUUACUUACACCAAAAAAUAAUGCGUUACUGUGAAAAGUAAAUAUUUAGCUACUUUUAAAAAAAUAAAAAAAAUAAGGGUCCCAUUAUUGGCCUUUUCGCCUUCAUUUUAGUACUGUUAUUGCACUGGAGAAUAAUGCAAUCUGUUGAUUAUGUAGUGGAAUUUCUGACCUUUUGGUACCAUAUUUUGUGUCUGUCAAAGUCCGGAAAGAGAGCGAGGUCGAAAAGCAUUAAGAACCAUUAGAAGAGCAUAUGUGGGUGAAAGUUGAAUAUAUAGUUGGUCUGACCAUUCUACAAAAUGUUUUGACUGUUUAUUAUGAUUAAGGGAUUCAAGGAUGUUGC